AGGGCACACACGGCUGGAGCAGACCUGAGAUGAAGCUUCAGGCCGUCAUGGAGAACCUUCACCGGCAGCAGAGGGCCAAGCUGCUGAUGGAACAGCAGCUCCAGCAGGGACAGGGGCAGGUGCCGGGGCAGGUGCAGCUCCGGGCAGGGCUAGGGGACGAGCCCAUGGUCAGCCCUGCCCGGGAUGCCGAGCACACGCAGAUGGCAGCGUUAGCGGCCAUGAGAGCAGCGGCAGCCGGCCUGCAAAGGGUGUCCGACAGCCCCAUGUCUGAGCGCAGCAGCGGGGACGAUGACGAAGAGGAGGAAGGAGACCAGUACAAGGACAUGAUGGGCUCAGACGAAGAGGAACACAUUAAACAAAAGUGGGACGAAGACGACUUUGAGGGUGAGAUGGAGGACGACUUCGAUGAUGACCUGGCUGAGGAGGGUCUGCCUACAGCCCAGGAGGCAGUCACUCCAGGGAAGGGCAUCUUGCUUUUACCCCAUCGCCAGCUCCACCCCCACGCCCAACUGCUCAAGGCUCGCCCCACCGUGGAGCAAGAGCCACGCGUCGCCAUCCUGCCCCCCCACGCCACACACAGCCACCUGGGGGCACAAGAUCAUGGCGAGUGGACCUACGAGGAGCAGUUCAGACAGCUGUAUGAACUGGACUCUGACCCCAAAAGGAAGGAGUUUCUGGACGACCUCUUCAGCUUCAUGCAGAAAAGAGGGACCCCAGUGAACCGCAUCCCCAUCAUGGCCAAGCAGGUGCUGGACCUGUACAUGCUGUACCGUCUGGUGACGGAGAAGGGUGGUCUGGUGGAGGUCAUCAACAAGAAGCUGUGGAGAGAGAUCACCAAAGGGUUAAACCUGCCCACCUCCAUCACCAGUGCCGCCUUCACGCUGCGCACACAAUACAUGAAGUAUCUGUACCCGUACGAAUGUGACAAGCGCGGCCUGAGUAACCCCAAUGAGCUGCAGGCGGCCAUCGACAGUAACCGCAGAGAGGGCCGGCGCCAGAGCUUUGGCACCAGCCUUUUCACCUACUCCCCCAACGGCACACCCACCAUGCUCUCCUCCUCCAAGAUCCCUGCCCCCGGGGUGGGCAUGUCUAUGGGCAUGUCCAUGGGCACCAAUGGAGCCACACUCACCCCCAUCCAGAAGAUCAAGAAAGAAGAGGGAGGCCAGCCUCUGCCCGGGGUGGGCAUGGCACGCCUGUCUGCUGGGGCGCUAGCCGGGCACUCGGUGGCUGCGGUGCAGGCUGCUCAGGCAGCCAUGGCCGCUCAGGUGGCAGCUCUGGAGCAUCUGCGGGACAAACUUGAGACAGGAGAACCUCCAGAGAAAAAGAUGGCUGUGCCCGCAGAGGAGCACCACAGACUGCUGCAGAGAGCUCUACAGCACAACCUGCUGGCCAUGAGCCAGCUGCCCAUGAACAUCCGCAUCAACAACCAGAGCACAGAUGUCAAGCAAGAGUCUGCAGUGAACCUGACCACCAAUGGCAGCAGCAGCAUCAGCAUGUCUGUGGAGCUCAAUGGAGUCAUGUACACCGGUGUCCUAUUUGCCCAGGCCGCUCCAGGGUCCACCUCCUCCGCGCCCACUAAAGCCGCCCUCGCCCGGGCCAUCCCUCCACAUACCACGCCUACCUCAACUGCCGCCACCACGAGCUCCACGCCCUUGUCUUAACACCACACCCUCUCCCUUCUCCCCUGCUCCCUCUGCAUUUUUUUUUUUUUUUUUUUUUACGAACCACCACGCUAAAGUAAAGCCAAAAAUUCACCUCAUUUUUCUUACACCUACCUACCUACCGCCUAUGCCAAAAAGAGACCUGAAAAUCUCACUUGAAGUACACUAUAUCUCAGGUUUAUACGCUCACCUACUCGCCUCUUUCGUUCUUCAGAAGCCAAAAAAAAAAUGAUAGGAAUACUCAUCAGAGCCAGUAUAAAUGUAUGCAUAACCUGUGAAUUAUUUAUUUCUACAGAAUUGUACAGAUAACCGGAGAACAAAAGAGAGAAAUCAUAACGUCAAAUGGUUAAAUACACUGUUUACACUCAGCUACUGACUGACAGCUAUGAGAUUUCCUUCAGGGGAGAGAUUUUUGUUUUGAAUCCAUCUUUUUCAGUGUCAUUAUUAUGAAUAUUGUUUUUAUUCUUCUGUGUUUUAUCAUUUUAAAUCUAUUUACAAUCCUCUCACUGCAGGAAGAAGAUCUAUUAUAUAUAUUUAGAAUUUUAUGGAAAAAAAUGAAAAAAAUUAUCUAUUUUGAAUCAUAAAAGGUAUGUGUUGUUUCUUCAGGGCAUAUUUUCAAUGGACCGUUGUAACCUCAUUAUUUGUGCAGCCUGACUCCACCAGCGGCCAUUUUGAAACCUGUAUAGAUGCUGUUUGUUAACACACAAAAUGGUCCAUUAAAUAUUUGGUCACCUAUAAUUCUUUUUAUUAGCUUAUAUUUUGGUUUUUUUUGGUUUUUUUGUUUUGUUUUUUUUCCACAAAACAUUAGACUCUUGUCCCUAUUGAGAAAUAUGGUGAAUUUGCAGGAUUCUGGUCAGGAGUACCUAGCUGGAGGAUUUACUGAUGUUUUAGGUUUUUACAGUGGUGGAAGAAGUACUCAAUUUAAGUAAAUGAUAUAGGAGUUAAAAAAAGGAUUUUGAGAUCUAUUAAAGUGACAAAUGUAGCUGUUUUAAAGUACAGAUAGCUGAAAAUGUUACUUAAGUACAGUACUUUUAUUUUUUUACCUUUGUUACUUUUCAACACUGAAGUUAUAGUGGGAAAUUAUAAACCCAGAGUUAACUCAUUCACACACAGGAGAAGCUAUGCAAACUCCACAAAAAGCCUUACACAGUUCAGGAAUUGAACCUGAUCUAGUGAUUAGCUGUAGUGCUAUCACACUGGCCAUUGUGCUGCUAAGUAAAGCAUCUCCAUGCGCCAUAAGAUUUAAAUUUACUUUGCUCCUGAAAUGGGUACAAAAUGAAUUCAAUUCAAUUCAAUUUAUUUGUAGUCAUUGUCACAGAAGAACAAUGAAAUUGCGUUUGGAGCAUCCCAUAAAGUGCAAACCCAUAAAUAAUAAAUACCCCUUAAACCCAAGUGUAAACAUUAACCCAGUGUGGCUUCAGUACAACAUGAGACAGUUCUUGUUGCAGCAUGAUGGUGUCAAGUAAGGUGCACAAAAAGCAACGAAAAGUACAAAAUUAGCAAAGCACAUACCAUGCAAACAAUACACUCAACAAUUUUAUUUAAAAUGGUAAUUUUUCUGAAUAGCAAGUAAUUUCUAGUCAUCAUAAAGUAAUAUAUUUUAUCAUUUGUGUGUUUGUGCUUAUUUAAAACAUAAUUUAUCCAGGCCAAGUUGGAUGGAAGCAAUGAGAAUCAAAUAUUUAUUGACAAAUAGUAAUCAACGUUAGAUUAGCCUACAGGAAACAUUUUAUUAGCAAAAGAUGUAAUAGGUGACCCUUUAAUCGUUUAUGACAAUCUAUCAAACUCCACUCCUCUGGAGCAGUUUGUAUCUCUGAAAACAUAUCAAGCACUAUGGCUGAUGUUGCGUUUCAAAAUGGCCGCCACUGGAGUGAGGUUCGAUGAAGUGGCAGGAAAAUGAUCUGUAAAUGAUUCAUUUCCCUUUAAGUCUGGGCUCUGGACCUCUGCAGUCUUCUCACUGUUCCCAUACUGCUGCUUAGGUUCAGAUAUAUAUAUUUAAAAGAAAAAAAGUGUCAGAGGUGGGCGAUAUGGACAAAUCUUGCUAACAAUAAAUACAGAAUAUGUAUAAUGCAUAUAUAGGCUAGUUUUGUCCCCUUGUAAUCAUUUUUACUAUGUGUUUUGUUGUAGAUUUUUUGACCUAGGACAAUAGGUUGCGUUCACUUGUCAUCAUUCAACAUUCUACAAAGUUUAACAUUGAGAUGGAAAAAAGUUAAAAAAGCUAUGGUAGAAUUUGCCAUUAAAUUUCUUAUAUUACAGAAAAAUGACUCGUGAACUUUUAGAAUGUUGUUACUUCAUCAAAAAUAUACCUGUAGUUGUGUUUUGUUUCAUUCACACAUGUUUGAGUGACACUUUUUUGCUAGUCUGUCUACAUCUCCAAAGCUAAAAAUGCUCUGUUCCACUCUGUGAUUUCAUGAAGUGGUACUCAGCCUAAAUAUUCAGGGUUUGUGUGAAUGAAACAAUACAAGUUUUCUGUUUGAUAGAAGAAAUAUGUAAGGUCUGUGUGUUAAUCUACAUUACAACAUCAGAAAAUAGUGCCCUUUAACUGACAAAAUGCAGUUAUUGGUUUACUGUCAGUAGCCUCAUUACUAAACAUAUCCACAUGAAAAAUUGCCACAUUGUUCAAAGUCUUGUCUGUCAACAUUAAAGGUUAAAUUAUCUUUAAAUAGUGGUGCAGUUAUUGAAAUACAAAGGCACAGUUGUUGUCAGCUGCAAGAAUGGCAAGUUUGUGGAUCCAUUUUCUAGCAAAAAUCCUAAGGUUAAACAUAUGUCAGUUUUCAGUUUGAGUAUUUCAUUCAAAAUCAGGCUGUAUUCGCCCCUGCCUUCUAUUUGAUAUCAGGACAGUUACAGAGAGAAGGCCAACGAUAUUUCAUUAGAAAGUGAAUUGGAGCCCAACGUGCACCCAAGCUCACUUCCUGUUUGGAACGUGGCGGCUAGCAGGUUAGCCCUGUCCGUUUACAUACACAGUCUAUGAUGUGAACGCAACCUAUUCUAAAGUAGCAUAUCUUCCACACCACCUUUUCGAUAUGUGGUUGACGAUAUAUCGCCCACCUCAGGUCUCAUUUCUCAGGUUAAAGUUACACAUUGUACAAAUCCACCCAUCUUCACCUACUCGCACAGCGUCUAGAACCUAGAAUUUAGAAUCUCUUUGUUUUUAUCUGUCUAUUAGAGUGAUUGUCUUAAGGUCAGAUGCAUGCGUUUCUUACAUGACCUACAUCAUUGCGUUAUACUGUGGCCGUGUGCUAAGACAAUCAGCUAUCUGUGCUCUCAUCACCCAAGCGGACUGGCCAUUUUCACCUUUUUUACUUGUAUUUUUGUAACUUGUUCAUUGGGGCUUUGCAUGUUUUAGUGCGUCUUCUUUGGAUCCAAGUGCUUCUUACGCUCCUGGCUUACAUCAGGACUGGACUGUACUGCAAAAUACUUUGACUGUUUUUUGACAACUUUCUUCAGCAUUUGUUGCAUAAUCUUACUAAUCUUAAAGGUCCUAUAUUACACACAAAUUACUCCUGUGAGCUUUUAGCUGUGACAUAAUGCUGUAACCUUCUCAUUUGCACAUGUUUGAGUAAUCCUGGAUUAUUAGGAUGUUUGCAACCCCAAACCUCAGAAAGCUCUGUUCCACCUUGUGAUGUCAUCAAGUGGUAGUUUCAAGGUUAACAGUUAUUUUUAGCCUCAAUUGAACUAAAUACUCUAGGAUAACCUGAAGUUGUUUCUUUUAUUUUUGAAUAUAUUUCUUUUAUCUUUUGUAUAUUUGAGAUUGUCAAUAGAAACUCUCUAAUAUUUGCUGGUGCACCGAGAAGUGAAGCAGUUUCAAUGAGGCUAAAACAAUAGCUGUAACUUCAAAGUAAGUCAAAUCCUGAACUUAUCAAAAUUAUUCUUGUGAAGGUGUAUGGAGUUUAAAAAUGCUGUGAAGCACUUCCUGUGUUACCAGUUAAUGACAUGAUAAGGAAGAAAAGAGUGUUUCCAGUUUGAGAGAAGAACACAUGAAUUAUAUUAAAUAUGUAUGAUUCAUGUGUUAAACAUGUGUGAUUGAAACAAAACACAGCUCCAGGUCUGUUUGCGAUGUGGAAACAACAUUAUAAACUAGAUCAAAAGUAGUGGAAUACAGGCCCUUUAACUGUAGUAAUAGCAAUAUAGGCUAAGUUCUUUUUGUAUAACUUUAUCACUGACGAUUGUUAAUCUUCUCAAAGUGACCUCAUAUUUCGUAUACUGCUAGGAAUCAAUCAGUCUUGGGUAGUACGCUCUAUCCCAAAGCCUUAACUUAUAACGAGAGGAACUUGUAGCUAUAAUCUUUGCUUUUAAGAAAGACCCAUCCACACACACAGCAUUACAGGAGACAUAUUAUGCUAAUUGGACAGUUUGAGCCAGGAGGUCCACACAACUUCAAUGUAGUUAUUUUUUUGUGUUUUUACAUCAUUUUAGUUCUUGUCUAUUAGCAACAUUGAUAAUAGCCAUGCUGUUUUUUUUUUCUUUUUUAUUCCAAAAUGAUUCACUCCUCGUUGUUACCAACAGAGAGUAAUAAAUAAAUAAAAAUAAAUAAACAAAUAUAUAUACAUAUUUUUUGUUACAAAACAUGAAUGAAUUACCAAUUACAAGAUGCCUCCAAAUAUUAGAAAUUCUGAAAAAUCCCUAAUAUGUCUCCUUUAAAGUUCAGUAUUUUCUCUUAGGUGAGAUAUUUAGGUCACAAACUGUAUUUCUUGCCACUCUAGUUUGAAGGAGCACACAGAAGCAAUGACGAAAAUCCACAAGUUGAAAUCUGAAUUCUCAUUUAAAUAACCCCAGAACAUAUUAGUAAAGCACUCUUUAAGCACUUCAACACAACUAUCUCAACCAAAACGUGGACCAUACACUGCAGAACGAGGAGUAUCAACAUACAUUAUAAUGACUUUACUUAAUAUAAAUAGAACUGCUUUGGAUUCAUUUAUCAGAGGUUUUUAUGAAAGAUUUACAAUACCAGUGGAAUGGGAUUUUUAAUAUGUUUUAGCCCACAAGGGUUGAAAUAUGAAUACAAUUUAAAACCACUGAGAAAUUUAUAAAAACCCUGACCUAACAAUUAAAUAAAUUUAAACU